AAGCUUUUCCUCUCUCUCAACCUCGACCUCGACCUUAACUUCUUUUACGCCACCUUCCAGCGUCCGUCAGGGAUAGAUCAUAACCACCUGGAGCCAUGUGUAGCUCCGAUGUCUUCUUGGCCAUUUUGGCCGUCUUUUUCCCGCCUAUUGCCGUGUGGGUCAAGGCAGGUAUUUGCACUGCAGACUCCCUCAUCAAUAUCGCCCUCUGCCUGCUCGGCUUCCUCCCCGGUCUCAUCCACGCCUGGUAUAUCAUCCUUAAGUACCCAGAGCCAGACUAUGAUGAUGUUGGCUAUGAGCCCAUCCCUGGCGGCUCCAGCCAGCGUCGGGAUCUGGAGAAUGGUCAAGUGACCUACUACUAUGUCUCACACCAGCCUCCCCGCGGUCCACCGCAGCGGUCCUACGGCACCACAGACCCAGCGCACCAAGCUCCCCAGAAAGCCCAGCGCAAGCCGCAAAAUAAUCAUCAAGAGGGAAAUGCUGGGAGUAGCAGCGCACAACCACAGGCUGAGUCGCGACCACCACCAACCUAUGCUGAGGCUGUCCAGGGUGACCACAAGAUCCAGACCCAGGAUUAG